AUGACUGGGCAAAAGUCCGCCACCACUUAUGCGUUCAUCAUCGGCCUUCAUACCGGCGGCAUGGCAUACAAGGAGAUUGGAGAGCGAAUGAAAAUGCCGGUGAGGACAAUCAGUGACAUCUGCAGCCGUGCUAAGGCCCGGGGAUUUGACCCUGACGCGAAACCCUUGCACUUGGACGAGGCGUGCGUCAAGCCAGCUUCCCGUAAAGCCAAUAAGGCCAAGGUCAGUGAAGUAUUUGGACUUGUGAAAGCCCAUGCUAAUCUUGUCUGUAUGUAG